GUUACUCAUCUUUUUUUUGUUUACACUUUGUCUCAAAUGAAUCGAUCAGCUGGUUAACCGAUUUUCUCAUUUUUUUUUUGUUCUUUCAUCUGAUUAGUUAAUUUCUUUUUUCUUGUUUUAAUUGUCGUGAAUUUUGUUAAUUAAUGGAUUACAAAUCUUUGAUUAACUUAUCUUUCCAGAAAAAUAUAAUUACUUUUAAUUUAGCUGAUUGGGAAUCUUUAAUUUUCCAAUGUUUUGUUUUGUUAAUUGUUUUGAUUGUGACAAUAUUUUGUUUCCAUUUUAUUAAAUGUUUAGAUUGUGAUUUAAGUUUACGAUUUAAUGAGAUUUAUUUUGAUUACUUUCAAUCAGGAAAUUUAUCAAUUCCUGGUAAGAUAAUUUGGAUUACUGGAGCUUCGAGCGGAAUUGGUGAGGCUUUGGCCUACCAAUUGGCCCAAUUUGGAGUUAAAUUGAUCAUCUCUGGACGGAAUGACAAUCGACUUGAAAGAGUCAAGAAAAACCUACAAUUAAAAGGUUGCCACGAGAAUGAUAUUCUCGUGGUUAAAUUUGAUCUGAGGGAUCGAGAAGCUCAUCAGCCCGCUUUAAAUUUAAUAUUGGAAAAAUUUGGAAAUGUCGAUAUAUUUGUUAACAAUGCCGGUACUAGUCAGCGAUCUCGAUUCGAGUUAAUUGAAUCAAGGGUUGAUCAAGAUCUAUUUGAAAACAAUGUCUUCGGUGGGGUCAGUUUAACACGAUUACUUGUUAAACAUUGGUACUCGAAAAAUUUGGCCGGACAUGUAGUAGUGACCAGUAGUAUCGUCGGUAAAGCUGCCCUACCCGAAUGUGCCUCAUACACCGCAUCUAAACACGCUUUACAUGGUUACUAUGAAUGUCUUAGGUACGAAGCGGCAUCUAAAGGAAUCAAGGUAACAAUGAUCUGUAGUGGUCCAGUUAAAACGGAAAUAUCGACUGUCUCUUACACAGGAGUUUACGGUCAACCUUUGGGAAUAAUUUUACCAGAAAAUUCAAGCCGAAUGGAUCCAAAUCGACACGGGAAAUUAAUGUUAAUCGCAAUAGAAUUACAACUUGAAGAAAGCUGGAUAACAAUACAACCAUUUCUUUGGUACUGUUAUGCUCACCAAUAUUUUCCCACUUUAAGUAAACGUUGGUUAAUACCAAUGGCAAAUAAAUUAUCACAAUCUCGUGACAAUUAACCAAACAAACCAACAAAACUCAAACCCAAAUCCAAACCCCUAAACAAUAAACAAUAAACACCAACAAAAACAAAACCAAUUUGAAACAAAAACCAAACAAACCAAACGAACCAACGAACCAACAAAAACAAGUCCAUCCAAAUGGUGACCGAUGAAAGAGACACAAAAACCAAACCGAAACCCAAAGAAAUCACCAAUCAAUCUCUAAUUACAAUCAAACAAAAGUAACAAUUAAAACCCUUUCCCCAGAAAGGAUUAUCAUCAAAUGAACCGCUAGAGUAAAUGAGUAAAUAGAAGGCGCUGUUCCUCAGCUGUUGUCAGAAGCAUAAGCUCAGCUUUGAGCAAUUGGAGUCAUUUGAUUCACUUUGUUUCUAAUUAAAUUUAGUUGAUUUUCUCUUUUUUUUUGUUAAUAAAAAUAAUAAAACAUUUAAUUCACCACUUA